CGUUAUCGUUCGCGCCGCCAUUUUGCGUUGCUGUUUCCUUUGUAAUUGUGUGGCUUGUUAAGAAUUUAAUAAAAUAUUAAAUAUUUUGUUAAAGCGAAGCUGUGAUUGUUAGUAAUUAAGUAGUUUAAUUUAUCUUAUUCUUUUUAACUUAUUUUAUUCUAAGUUUUCGUGUAUUUUACGUUACAAUGGGCAGAAAGAAGAAGAAGGCAUCUAAGCCAUGGUGCUGGUAUUGCAACAGAGAGUUCGACGACGAAAAGAUUCUAAUCCAACAUCAAAAGGCGAAACAUUUCAAAUGUCACAUUUGUCACAAGAAACUAUACACGGGUCCUGGUCUGUCAAUACACUGCAUGCAGGUACACAAAGAAGCCAUAGAUAAAGUACCAAAUUCAUUACCAAAUAGGUCAAAUAUAGAGAUAGAAAUCUAUGGAAUGGAAGGUAUUCCGCCUGAAGACGUGAAGGAGCAUGAGAAGCAAAAAUCAGGUGGUGGAAAAGGAUCAGACAGUGAUGACGAUGAGCCUGCAGCUAAGAAAAAAGCCACACCAGCUUUGCUGGGUCCAGGACCCUCACAAGUGACACAAGGUAUAUUACCUACGCCAAUGGGACCAGUCCCUCCGGGGAUGUACCCAGGACCAAUGCAGUCCAUGCAGAUGCAAAUGAUGCCUCCGUUUAUGCAGGCACCUAGAAUGAUGAUGCCGGGAAUGCGGCCACUCUUCCCGGCGGCUAGCAUGCCCCCCACGUCGACGAGUAAACCCACGUUCCCUGCAUAUAGUAUAUAUGGAUCUCUCUCAUCUGGAUCAAACACUGCCUACUACAGCAACGCGACGAUAAGUGCGCCUCCGACGACGACGACGCCGUCGAGUAGCGUAGAGGCAAAGGAAAACGGCGACGUGAAGCCACCCGCGGCCAACGCGUGUCCGCUGGUCACGGCCACGGGCGCCGGCUCCAAGAUAGUGCACCCGCCCGAGGACGUGUCGCUGGACGAGAUCCGCGCGCGCGCGCCCCGCUACCGCGCCAAGCCCAAGCCCGACCAGCCGCCGCCGCAUCUGCACCAUCACCACGCGCAGCCCGCGCUCAUCACGCCCAGCACCAGCCAGGCAGAGGUAUGGGUGGCGGCGCACAUGAGCGCGGCGGUGGCGGCGGCGCGGCAGCAGCAGUGCGCGGCGCUGCGGCGCGGCGUGCUGGGCGGCGUGGUGUCGGUGCUGGGCGGCGGCGGCCUGGUGCCGGGCGGCGCGGGGCUGGUGCCGCGCGCGCCCGUGUCCGUGGCGCAGAUGCCGCCCGUCGUGCCCAUGCUGCCCGUCAUGCCGCAGUUCAACCUCGUGCGCCCGCUGCAGCCCGGGAUGCUGCUGCCGGGGGGCAUGAUGCCGAUGGGCGCGAUGUUCCCGGGCGGCAUGGCCGGCCUGCCCGUCAUGCAGCCGCGCUACCGAUAGCUGCGCGCGCCGCCCCUAGCCGCCCGAGCGAAGGUAGGCGCUCGUUCCUAGUAUCGUUCUAUCCGUCGCUUGCCCGGUUGUGUGUCCUGGCUCGUUGCUAAACGCGGUGAGGGGCUACUAACGCGCAGGUAAGCGGGCUGGUGACAGGUGAUGGGCGGUCGCCCGGCUCGCCGGGUUGGGCCGGCAGUUCCCUGCGCCGCAGGCGACGACUUACCUGUCACAACGAGUGUUGUUGGAUUGGCGGCCCCCUGUCCCUUAGCAUAACUCAUUAUAUUCCUACCUUACCACUAAGCUCUCACAUAGACUGUCGACACCAGAUUACAGUAGUGAAUUCCGUUCUUAAUUAAAUUUCUGGUGUUAAGAGAUGUGUGUAAGAAUAAUUAAUAAAUAAAUGUUAUCUGCCUUGAUGAUUCUCUAAGCGUUUCCACAUUAAAAGUUGUGACGUUUGCCUACUCUUGUAGAAUUUUGACUAUUUUACGCAAUAAACGCUCUGGACAUGAUUGAAA